AUGACUGGAGUCAGAUUAUUCCUAAGGGCCUUCAAUAAUAACAUGCAUUUUUAUUCACGGAUCUGCCAAAAACCUGUUUUAUUUACGUACAGCACUUUCCAAUGCAGUUCGUGUUGGACGCAUCAAAGACAUCUGUCACAGUAUUUGACAAACUACAGCCAGACAGCCAAUGGCUUGUUCCAUGCAGUUUCUGGUAAUUUACUGGCUACACCUGCAGGAACUAUCUGUUUAUAUAAUAGUGUCAGGCACAAAAGCAAGAAAGGUAAAAAAAAAAAAUAGAUCAGAUACAGUGGAGGAGGAUGAGGAUGAAGAUGAAGAUGAAAAAAAAAUUGAUCCGGAAGAUAGUGACUAUGAAGAUGAACCAGAGGAAGAUCCCACCAUCCCCAAGGACUAUAAAGAUAUAGAAAAGGCUGUGCAAUCAUUUCGCUUUGAUGUCAUCUUUACUGCAGGAUUAGACAUGUCACGGCACAAAUUGGAAGACGCAUUUUACAGUGGAAAGCUUCGCCUGAAUGGAGAAAAGCUGUGGAAGAAAAGUAGAGCGGUUAAAGUUGGAGACAUUUUGGAUCUAAUCGUAGAAGAAAACCGUGCAACUGUAACUACAACAGUUAUGAGAACUAUGCUAAAAGAAGUCCAAAAAGAAAAAACGUCAACAGACAAAUACAAAGUUGUACUGAGGCGAUGGAAAAAACUGACCAUUCCAAAGGCUCCAGAACCUCCAAAGGCUCCAGAACCUCCAAAGGCUCCAGCAUGA